GGUCGCGGGGCGGCGGGGGCUGCACGUGGGCCGCGGCAGAAUGAUCGUAAAGAAAAAGAGAAAAGAUCACGAGGAACCAGUACAGAAGAAGAAAAAGGUGAAAAGCAGUAGGAGCCAGACUAUCAUUAAAAUUGAGAAAGAUGUACAAAUUGUCAUUAAAACUGAGGAUGAUGACCAACUUCAGACAAAAACAAAGGUGAAGAAGAAGGAAAAGUUUAAGGAAGAUGAAUGUUUAGACCGACUAGAACUGAAGAGGAAGAAGAAGAAAAAGAAAACCAAAAAAGAUAGCUGUGGCUCUGAAUUGCUGAAAGAAACACAUUCAGAAAGCUUUAUGCAUUUGAAAGGCCAUCUGGAUACAGAACCCCAAGAGGAACCAGAGGAACAAAUUAAAAGUCUCAAAAAAAAGAAGAAAAAAAUGCAUUGUCAUUCCUCCUUAUCAUUGGAGAAUAAUCAGAGCGCUGAUGUAGAGCUGUCAAACCAUCAUACAGAUGGUACUAAAGAAAAUGAAUUUGCUUACAAAAAAAGCAGAAAGAAGGCUGAUUCCAAUGUGGGUGGUGAAGAAACUAAGAGAAAAAAGAAGAAGGGGGUUUUUUCAUUAGAGGGCAUCCAGGACAGUGAACAGAAACAGUCUGAAAACAUCUGUAAAAAAAAACACAAAUGUAUUUCACAACAAAAAGCUUUUAGGGGCCAAAGCUGUGCAACAGCUAUGGUCCAGAAUGAUGAGGAGAGUUAUGUGAGAAGAAAGAAAAAGAAGAAAAUCAAAGAGAAGUCUGACUCCAUUUCACCAUUAGCAGAUAAUCAGUACAGCACCUGUGAAGUUCCUGAUGGCACCAUAACAUUAAGUGACUGUAGAAAAAGGCAAAGAACUUUGACAAAUAGAGAGGAAGAGGACACUGCUGAGAACUCUGGAAGUAUUAGAGAGGCCAAAAGGGAAAAGAAGGGAAGCAAAAAUGUUUCUUCCAUAACAUACAAAGAUAAUCCGGCGUACAGUCAGAGAGGUGCUGGUAAGCAUCUCCCAGCACAGCAAGAAGUGAAGCUGGUGGAAGAAGAGCUUUCUGGAAAAAAAGGCAGGAAGAAUAUCAAGGAUCAUAAAGUCAGCAAGAAAAAAAAGAAGAAGAUGCAGAAAGAAGAGGAGAAGGAAACAACAUACUCAAAAGUUUACUUAACCAAUGACAGUGCAUUUAAAAGCCAAAAGCCAACAGUACUAGAAAGCAAUAAGAAGGAUAAAGAGAGUGAAAUGAAGCAAGCCCAAUAUGUCACAGGGGACACUGUAGAUAGGGUAUUAUGCAAUAGUAAUCAUGUGCUCUGUGACAGGAAAAGCAAAAAAAGAAGAAAAGAAGCACCACAGGACUGUGCUAAAGAGCCAGGUUCAAAUGCAAGUGCAAAAAAGAUCAAAAAAGAAGAUAUGAGAGAUGAGACACUGGGACAUAUGGAUGAUGUAACAAUUGUGCAGGAAAAAAAAGGAAACGCUGAUGAAGUUAACAUAGACAAGGUGAGGCGGCAGGCCCUGCAAGAAGAAAUUGAUAGAGAAUCUGGCAAAACUAAGAUGUUCAGCCCCAAAGUGGAACGGGAUCCAACAUUGGGCCAGUGGAGCACAGCCACUUUCCAAAGCCCUGAGAAAGAAAUGAAGUUUUUUAGACUGAUGGGUGGCUUUAAAAAGGGCUCUUCUGUGUCUAUCCAAAAUCUCUCAGCAACUACAAACAAAGCAAACAUGGCUCUGAACAAGGAAGGGGAAGAGAAGUUACAGCAAACUCUGAAGAUGGAAUUUGAUAAAGCAAUGAACUUGAAGCAACACAGAGGAGUUGGUCUUGGAUUUCAGCCUGCUGCCAACAAAAAAGUAUACAUAGACAAAUACACAACUAGAUCGAUAAAGUUUGAAGAUUAAAUCUCUGAGGUAAUAAAAGGAAUGAAAAUAGAGCAGGGAUUUAUUUUAAUUUUUUUCCACUUUCCACAUCUUUUUACUUGAAAUAAAAUACAAAGUGUUUAAGAAGUUUGAUUGAUGAGGCACUUUUAGUACACAUUUGCAACAGCACACACCAGAUGAGGUGGAGCUGGGUCCUCACUUCAAGGAAACCUUGACAAUAUUUUCUACAAGGCAAGGGGACAGCCUCCUUCAAAGGCUGAAGGGAUGUGGGCAAUGCCUGCAACAAGUUGAUAGUAAAUUGGUUUUUUAAAUGCUGAUUUCAGAAACUUCUUUUUAGCAACAUGGUAAUGAUUCAAGAGGAUUUUAGUGCUCUGUAAAGCCUUCCUGUUUUCACACUCAGUGAGUGGUACAAAGUGAUGGUGUUUUACUUGGAAGAAACGCUACAGGUGUACCUCCAGGUUUGAUGAGGGUAAACUUAAAGUAGUUUCUUCAGUAUUGACACCUUCAUUAUACUAAUGAACAGCAUUGAACAUCCCCUAUAUGUCUUAACUGUGCUCUGGCAGCUGGAUUUUCAAGCAGCAGCUAUUACCUGUAAAUUAAGGUAAAUGCUUUCUGGAUAAAGCACAAAAUAGAUGGAUCUACA